ACCUACCAGUCCCAUUUUUCCGUGUAGAGAGAGCGAAGUGGAAGGUUGUUCACGUUUUCCCUCUAAUCCCUCCGGCUACAGUCAGAGAGAGAGAGAGAGAGAUUGGACCAUUUGGUUUCCAUCAGAUUCUUCUUCUGUCUGCCUUCUUACAAGUUUGUGUGAAUUUCUCGAUCUGUUUUCUGGCUUUUUCUUACAUAUGAGCUCCGGUUUUUGAAGAUGGAUCUAUCUUCUCAACGUCAAUCCCCAAAUGGUUCUAGGGGUUUUCGUCUCCAAGCUCCAUUGGUGGAUUCUGUUUCUUGCUAUUGUAGAGUGGAUUCUGGUCUUAAGACAGUAGUAGAAGCGAGGAAGUUUGUUCCUGGAUCAAAGCUUUGUAUUCAACCUGAUAUCAAUCCCAAUGCUCAUAGGCGUAAGAAUUCUAAGAGGGAGAGGACUCGAAUCCAACCUCCUCUUCUCCCUGGCCUCCCUGACGAUCUUGCUGUUGCUUGCCUCAUCCGUGUCCCUCGUGCUGAGCAUAGAAAACUCAGGCAGGUGUGUAAGCGAUGGUACAGGCUUGCUUCUGGCAACUUCUUUUACUCUCAGAGGAAGCUACUUGGGAUGUCCGAGGAAUGGGUUUAUGUUUUUAAGAGAGAUCGCGACGGGAAGAUCUCGUGGAAUACGUUUGAUCCAAGCUCUCAGAUUUGGCAGCCGCUUCCACCAGUUCCCAGAGAGUAUUCAGAGGCUGUUGGGUUUGGUUGCGCUGUUUUGAGCGGUUGUCAUCUUUAUUUGUUUGGAGGUAAAGAUCCUCUUAGAGGGUCCAUGAGAAGGGUUAUUUUCUACAAUGCAAGGACGAAUAAGUGGCACAGGGCACCCGAUAUGCUUAGGAAGCGCCAUUUCUUUGGUUGUUGUGUCAUUAACAACUGUUUAUAUGUUGCGGGUGGGGAGUGUGAAGGGAUUCAGAGGACACUCCGCUCAGCUGAGGUUUAUGACCCAAACAAGAACAGGUGGAGUUUUAUUGCUGAUAUGAGCACAGCAAUGGUGCCUCUUAUCGGUGUGGUCUAUGAUAAAAAGUGGUUUCUCAAGGGUCUUGGGUCUCACCAACUAGUCAUGAGUGAAGCUUAUGACCCCGAAGUUAACUCAUGGAGCCCGGUUAGUGAUGGGAUGGUUGCUGGUUGGCGAAAUCCAUGUACUUCUCUGAAUGGUCGCCUUUACGGACUGGAUUGUAGGGACGGAUGCAAACUCAGGGUAUUUGAUGAAACCGCGGACUCAUGGAACAAAUUCAUGGACAGUAAAGUUCAUUUGGGAAACUCAAAGUCGCUUGAAGCUGCGGCUCUUGUUCCUCUAAACAAUAAGCUUUGUAUAAUCCGGAACAACAUGAGCAUGAGUCUGGUUGAUGUCUCGAAUCCAGACAAGAACAACCCUCGACUGUGGGAAAACAUAGCCGUAAAAGGACAGUCCAAGAACAUCCUCAGUAAUAUAUGGUCGAGUAUCGCAGGGAGAGCUUUGAAGAGCCAUAUUGUGCAUUGUCAAGUGCUUCAAGCUUGACAAAAGAAAUCUGAAACUCAACAAUGGAGUCAAACUCUGGUCAGAAGAAACCAACCACCUUGAGGUUCCAAGAAGAGGAGGAAAAAGCAAAAAAUCUGGCUCAAGACCUGUUCCAGAGUAAUACAAAUGAGGAAUCGUCUCCACAAUCACCAUUGACAAGAACUCAUGUCCGGUCUUAACAAGAUCAUAUGAGAUACGAAGAGGAGAGAGCCAAGAGACAGUGAGUGAGGUGGGUUAACAUUUGUUCACCAUUUCUUCUGGUGUUAAAUCUGUGUUAGUAUUUAUAGGAAUCUCUUUAAUCGGUUUUGGUAAUUGUUAUAGCGUUUUGUUGACACUUUUGUUUUCUGUGAUCUGUAAAUUUUAAAUCUUUCGUCUCAAACCUCUUUCGGUGGCAAUGUAACAUAAUCUUAUUAGGUUCAAA